UCCCGUCGGGAGCUCCCAGUCUGAUACUCCGCGGACACCUGUGUCUCUCGAUUUCGAUUCACAGUCCUCUGGCAGCCACUGUCACUUGGUUAGGGAGUCAGGUGUCUGCGCUAUCACCUACUUAAUGCUUUAAUGCUCUGCUUUCGAAAAAUACUUGUGGUGUGAUGGAAGACAUGAAAAAGUAUACUCCUACUUAAAGUUUUUUUUGUUUUUGUUUUUGUUUUGGAGACAGAGUACAGUUCAGUAGCGCACUGUGCUCACUGCAACCUCAGCCUCCCGGAUUCAAGCGAUUCCCUGGCCUCAGCCUCCCGAGUAGCUGGAAUUUCAGGCCCCCGCCAUUACGUCCGGCUAAUUUUUGUAUGUUCAAUAGAGACGGGGUUUCACCAUGUUGGCCAGGCUGGUCUCAAACUCCUGACCUCAGAUGAUCCGCCCGCUUAGGCCUCCUAAAGUGCUGAGAUUACAACCAUGAGCCACCGCUCCCAGCCAACCAAGUUUUUUAAACAAUAUAUUCUGUUUCCUCGUUUUUAAGGUAGCGUCUAUUGACAGGGGUUCCUUAAUUAUUAUUUAAAAAAUGAAGUACAGAACCAGGGCCAGCUUCAAACCUUGUCAGGCUCUGACAAGGGAAGAUGAACCCUAGUUCUAGCUAGAGGUGACCUGUCUGUCUGCAUUUUUUUGAGCUGUGGAGUGUUCAGAGUCAUAUUCGCUGCCUGUGCAGCACCACAGGCCUGAUGAAAAUGAAAUGGCAGCAUCGUGCAGAUGGCGAACCCUAGGUCUUGGCCAUGAAGGCCGUGGCCACCCGGGAGCCCAAUGCACAAGACAGGUGUGCAUGCCAGGACGGCGGUCCUGGAGAUGAAGACCUGGAGCUGCGGCCUGUGGACUCGGCUGUGCCCAUGGCCAUGACCCAGGCUGCCCUGCAGCCCUGGGCACCCUGCCCAGAGAACAUGACCACUGCCCCAAAUGGCCCCGGGCCAGGCCCUGCAGCCCCCUGUCCAGGCCCGGACCUGAAAGACCUCAAGAUGGUGACCUCCACUACAUGUGGAAACGGAGUCUGUGGCUGCAAUCCUGGUGGCGACACGGACACCCGGGAAGCCAAACUCAGCCCAGCCAAGCUUGUGCGCCUCUUUUCCACCAGUCGGAAGAAGACGAAUGCUCACCCCGAGCGGCCCCACUCUGUGGUCCUGGUGGGCAACUCCUCCGCGUGGAACACCCUUGCCUCCUUCCGGAAAAUGGGAUCCUUUAAGAAACUGAAGUCCUCAGUCCUGAAAGGAAUUCAGAGCCGAGAGGGGUCAAAUGCCUGUUCAAAGGGAGAGGCUUCAGAGCAUGGCCUGGCAAAACCCAUUGCAAAUGGCACUGUCCCAGGAGCCCAGGCAAACAGGGAAUCCCCCUUGGCACCAGGAGCAGCGCGUGGCGCCCCCAGGGCAGCAGAGUGGGGCACAUUGGAUGGCUCUGACCCUGAGGACACGGAUGAUGCCUUUCAGCGGAGCACGCACCGCUCCCGCAGCCUCCGCAGAGCCUACGGCCUGGGCCGCAUCUGCCUGCUGGACAUGCCCCAGAACCAUGCCACACCCACGAUAGCCACUGGCCAGGCACCCACCACAUGUGAGAUUCUCGUGAGGGACCCUGAGAACAACAGCAUGGGCUGCAGGAAGAGCAAGAGCACCGACAACCUCGCCUUUCUGAAGAAGAGCUCCUUUAAGCGGAAGUCCACCUCCAAUCUUGCAGACCUCAGGACAGCCCAUUAUGCACAGGUGCCACAGAGGACCCUGAGCAGUUCCUCUGCUGACUCCCAAAAGCUCGGGUCAGGAAGGACCAAACGCUGGAGGAGCCCGAUAAGGGCCAAGGACUUUGACAGAGUCUUCGAACUUGUGAGCAAUGUGACCGAGGCUGCCUGGAGGAGGGAGAGUCCCAGGAGUGGGGCUCCAUCCCCUGGUGAGGCCAGCCUGAGACUCCAGGCACACAGCCAGCUGCAUGACGACUACUCACGCCGUGUAUCCAGGAACACCGAGCAGGAUAGCAGGCGGGGUGUGGUGGUCAGGCAUGGCACCACUGCAGACUGCUCUGUGGCCCGUGGUUUCAGCUCAGCCACCUCUAAGGGGCCCUGUCUAAACACCGACACUGCCGUGUUUCCUCUUGAAGCCAAAAGUUCCUGGGCAGUGGAAAGCUACAGUCCUUGCACUAGAAGCUCCUUGCCAAGCCCGAUUGCCCAGGAUGUGUUGAGCAAAGACUCUCAUGACCCAGAUGCUGGCAGCCAGUUGACAUUUGACCCUGGGCAGCCUCCCACCCCUCUACGGCCCACCACACCCAAGCCCCAAAGCCCUCAGAGCCCAGGGACGGGAAGUGCUGAGUGUCACAGCAAUCGCAGUGCCCCAUCCAUAAGUUCAGAGGAAAGUGAAGGAAAAACAGAAGAGCCUGAUCAGAGAGAGCCGGAGCCUGUGUCCUUGCAGGAUUCUUUGGAAGCCACACAUAGUGAUGAGGGCAAGGGCCUUCUGGUGAACAUUGGUGGGGCAGCCGGCCCAGAAGAAAAGGAGGAGGAGGAGGUUGUCCCUGAUGGCCCCUGGAGGCGAGACUCAUCACAGGAUGAGGAAAGGACAGAGGCACAGAGAACCCCCAGGAGGAGAUGGGGCUCCGGGAGAUGGCCCAGGCCUCGGCCACUCUCUGACUACAGCCAGCUGGCCAGCCGUAGUUUGUCUAUUCCUGAAGACUCGGUUGCCACAGACCCCCAGAAGGAGGACCAUGUGGACAAGGACCCCCAGGCAAGCAUGACUUCUGCCAGCCCUGAAGAUCAGAAUGCUCCGGUGGGCGGCCCCAAAGGAGCCCGGAGAAGACGCCCCAUUUCCGUGAUAGGUGGGGUCAGCUUGUAUGGGACCAACCAGACAGAGGAACUGGAGAAACUUCUGACCCAACCGGCUGCCAGGCCACCCUUGCCUGCUCACCAGGUGCCACCCUACAAGGCUGUGUCAGCCCGGUUCCGGCCCUUCACAUUCUCCCAGAGCACCCCCAUUGGGCUGGACCGUGUGGGACGCCGGCAGCAGAUGAGAGCAUCCAACAUUUCUUCAGAUGGAGGUACUGAGCCCUCUGCCUUAGUGGAUGACAAUGGUAGUGAGGAGGACUUCAGCUUUGAAGACCUCUGCCAGGCCAGCCCUCGGUACCUGCAGCCUGGCGGGGAGCAGCUGGCCAUCAAUGAGCUGAUCAGUGAUGGCAAUGUGGUCUGCGCAGAAGCCCUGUGGGACCAUGUGACCAUGGACGACCAGGAACUGGGCUUCAAAGCUGGGGAUGUCAUCCAGGUUUUGGAAGCCUCCAACAAGGACUGGUGGUGGGGCCGCAGCGAAGAUAAGGAAGCCUGGUUCCCUGCAAGCUUUGUCAGACUGCGAGUGAAUCAGGAAGAGCUGUCGGAAAACUCCAGCAGCACCCCCAGCGAGGAGCAGGACGAGGAGGCCAGCCAGAGCCGCCACAGACACUUCGAGAACAAGCAGCAGAUGCGGACCAACGUCAUCCGAGAAAUCAUGGACACCGAGCGGGUGUACAUCAAACACCUCAGGGACAUCUGCGAGGGAUAUAUCCGCCAGUGCCGCAAGCACACAGCAAUGUUCACUGUUGCGCAGCUAGCCACUAUUUUUGGAAACAUUGAAGAUAUUUACAAAUUCCAAAGGAGGUUUCUGAAAGACCUUGAGAAACAGUACAACAAAGAGGAACCUCACUUAAGUGAAAUAGGAUCGUGCUUUCUUCAACAUCAAGAGGGCUUUGCCAUCUAUUCCGAGUACUGUAAUAACCACCCGGGUGCCUGCCUGGAGCUCGCCAACCUCAUGAAGCAGGGCAAGUACAGACACUUCUUCGAAGCCUGCCGCCUGCUGCAGCAGAUGAUCGACAUCGCCAUCGACGGGUUCCUGCUCACACCGGUGCAGAAGAUCUGCAAAUACCCGCUGCAGCUGGCCGAGCUGCUCAAGUAUACCACGCAGGAACACAGUGAUUAUAGCAACAUCAAGGCAGCAUAUGAGGCCAUGAAGAAUGUGGCUUGUCUGAUCAAUGAGCGCAAGCGCAAGCUGGAGAGCAUCGACAAGAUAGCUCGCUGGCAGGUGUCCAUCGUGGGCUGGGAGGGACUGGAUAUCUUAGACCGAAGCUCAGAAUUGAUUCAUUCUGGGGAACUGACCAAAAUCACUAAGCAGGGCAAGAGCCAGCAGCGGACGUUCUUCCUGUUUGACCACCAGCUGGUGUCCUGCAAGAAGGACCUGCUGCGCAGGGACAUGCUGUACUACAAGGGCCGGCUGGACAUGGAUGACAUGGAGCUCGUGGACCUGGAGGACGGGCGCGACAAGGACUGCAACCUCAGCGUGAAAAAUGCCUUCAAGCUUGUCAGCAGGACCACAGAUGAGGUUCAUUUGUUUUGUGCCAAAAAACAAGAAGACAAGGCGAGAUGGCUGCAGGCCUGUGCAGAUGAAAGGAGGCGGGUGCAGGAGGACCAGGAGUUGGGAAUGGAAAUUUCAGAAAACCAGAAGAAACUUGCCAUGUUAAAUGCUCAAAAGGCAGGACAUGGAAAGUCAAAAGGCUACGGCGGGUGCCCCAUGGCCCCACCGCACCAGGGCCUGCACCCCAUCCACCAGCGCCACAUCACUGUGCCCACCAGCGUCCCCCAGCAGCAGGUCUUUGGCCUGGCAGAACCCAAGAGGAAGCCCUCGUUCUUCUGGCACACCUUCAAUAGGCUCACUCCGUUUCGGAAAUGAAAACGGGAGGCCGCACUUCCACGGAGGUGGCUGUCAAGAGGACAGCUGUCUUUGUUUCUUGUAUCCUUCAAUCCAGGGAAAGUUUAUUGGACCCAGUGAUAAAAACUUCCUUUUUGGGAUCAAGGAAGGAGAGAAAGUCUUGGACUCACCUUCAGUCUUUGGAGACCCAGCUGCCUUUGUGGAAGGGAGGAGAAGGUCAUGACACACAGCUUUAUCCUGCACAGAAAGCCCCAUGACCCGCUGUGCAUGGCCGAGACGUGGGACUCAGUACUGUGCUCUAGAGUGAAUGGUGAGACAGCAGCUGUAGCCACCCCUGCUGCUGAUGAGCACGUGCCUGCUGCAGGACCAAACACAGCGUCCAGGGCUUUGUAGUUCCUAAGGAGUGAUGAGGUUAGAGGAUCACUUCUGCAUUUGAUUUUCAAGGAUGUCGUGCAGGCAGGGUUGACGCAGUGCUGCGCAUGUCUGGUCACACUUAGAAAGUGAGUUCUGUCUCCCUUCUGUAACACCGGGGACCUACAGCUGCUAUGGAGUCGACUGUGGUGUCCCGGCAUCGUCGGUGUCCACACAGGUGCUGAAUGGUAGCACAAAUGUCAUCUUGCAAGUUUCCUCUUCCUGCAGGCAAAGGGGAGUGAAACAUGGUGCUUCUGUCACCUUGCAUCGCGGUCCUCAGUGCAGAGUGACUUAAGCAUCCUUAAGAAUCCACUGCUUUUCAGGCAAGGAGGGAGAAAUCCUACUGCGCACUGGCUUUGUCUCAAAAUCGGGUUCCCUCCUGCCUGCACGCCUUGAGUGACUCCAAGUGGAAAUCACGUCUAGCCCACACACUGUAACCUUAGAAACUGCCGUUCAAGGCUGGGCAUGGUGGCUCACACCUGUAAUCCCAGCACUUUGGGAGGCCGAGGUAGGUGGCUCACCUGAGAUCAGGAGUUCAAGACCAGCCUGGCUAACAUGACAAAACCCAGUCUCUACUAAAAGUACAAAAGUUAGCUGGAUAUGAUGGUACAUCCCUGUAAUCCCAGCUAUUCAGGAAGCUGAGGCAGAAGAGUCUCUUGAACCUGGGAGGUGGAGGUUGCAAUGAGCCGACAUCUCACUACUGCACUUCAGCCUGGGUGAUAAGGCGAGACUCUGUCUCCAGGGGGAUAAAAAAAAAAAAAGACUGCCAUUCGGACAACUGUUUGCAACAUAAAAGCUCAUUUACUCUAAUAUACGUGAUACAGUGAACGUGAAAAUACGCUGGUGGGAAGGCAUUCUCAAUGAGCCGCACUGCUGCUGACGUCAUUCUUACCAUUGAAAUCGCAAAGACAGGCAAAGCAGUCCUGCUUCUUGGGAAUCGGAAGGUGCCUUUAUCACAUAAACCCAAACAGUGGGGCAUAACUGUGCCACCUGAGCAUGUCAGCAGGCUUCUGAGGACUUGUUCUUUAUAAAAGAGACCUGCACAAAAUAUCUAGGCUCAGAGAUAGCAGUCUUUAUUAAGAAAGGCCAUGUGGGCUGACACCUGCAGAUGAUCCUCUCCUUUUCUUUGUGUUGCAUAUUUUCAUGACAUAACUUUUAACCAUGUCUAGAGAAGGCAGGCUCUGCAAGAAAGAUGCCCUUUCAAUCUGCUCAGUGCCCUGGACAGGAGAUACUAUGUUACACUGUUAGUGGAUUUCUAUUUGAGAAGCUCAUUUUUUUUUUUUUUUUUUGAGACAGAGUCUUACUCUGUCGCCAGGCUGGAGUGCAGUAGCGCAGUCUCGGCUCACUGCAACCUCCACCUGGGUUCAAGUGAUUCUUCCGCCCUAGCCUCCCGAGUAGCUGGGACCACAGGGGCGUGCUACCACGCCUGGCUAAUUUUCAUAUUUUUAGUAGAGACGGGGUUUCACCAUGGCCAGGAUGGUCUCGAUCUCUUGACCUCAUGAUCCGCCGCCUCGGCCUCCCAAAGUGCUGAGAUUACAGGCAUGAGCCACCGCGCCCGGCCCGAGAAGCUCAUUUUUGUAUGCGACUCUUGGAAAGUUCUUUUUUCUAACAGGCCCAUGUUUGAGAAUAAACAAAUCUGCAAUGUCAAAGACAAAGGUGUAUUCAGACUCCAGGUGUGUGCCUCCUCCGUUCUCCCCUGCAGCCCCCCACAUCCAGAGCCAGUCCUGAGGGGUGACAUCAUGCAUCAAGGAAAAAUGACAUUGGCCCUCUCGGGUGGACCCUUGGAACAUUCUGUGACAGCUGAUGGCUGUGCUGUGCCACCUUGGCACACAUGCUUAGGGCAGCAUUGCCGAGGGUUACUGUGCCCCAUGGCUGACCACCCCUGGGUUGCUUCUGUGGACUGUCAUGCCACCUGGAGUCUCCUGAGACCGAAGCUGCUGCAGGAAGGAGCUUCUGAAGAGGUGCUGUGGCGUGUCAGGGUGUGUGUGUUUCCUUCUUGAAUACACACCAUGCCAACUGUAGUUGUGUUUAUAGAACUGCCCUUUUUACUAACAAAAUGCAAUGGUAUAUUUUGGAGGCUAUACUUAAUAUGCUUUUCCUGCACACCCCAGCAAUAACUGUAGAGGUCUCUGUGCUAGUGUGGUUUGUACGUACAGCAUUUUGAACAAAUUGUUUUAAAUAUAAGAGAAUUAGUUUAAGGAAGAAAAGAGUCAUUUGCUUAUGUUACAUUUUCCGUGAGGAUUCAGUUUAAGCAAAGAGUCACUCUUAGGGCUUCCAUUUCCUAAUGUUAUUCAUGGGUAAUGAAGAAAUGCUUUACAUUUUCUGGCCAGUCCUAAUUUAUUUUCCAGCUGAGCCCUAACCUCCGGUUCCCACCUACCUCCACAGACUUCCUAACACAGAACCAUGAAUACCAGGACGUGUUUUUGUUAAGUCAGGUUCAAUUCAAGUCCUGAGGUUGCCCCAGUCAGUUUUAUACAGUGUGAGGGUCUCUCGAUUAAAUCUCUCUCCUAGGUAGAUCCUACUUGGAUGUACAGGUGAUUUUGAAAACUGUUAACAUUUUUAAAAGGUUAGAACAUCCUUUGACUUCUUGAAAAUCCGUAUGUCUGGCUUGGUUAUCAUUACCACAUGCCUGAGUUCUUCAAAGAAUGGAAGGCUCAAGUAUUCUCAUUUUCUGUUUGCCAAAAUUCCUUCCUGAUUCGAGUCACAUGUUCCACUUGGAAAACAAAGGGAACCGAGCGCCUCCUCCAUGGACAGUGUAUGAAUUUCUUUGGGAAUCUUGCUCACUCCAGCCUCUCCCUUUCUCUCUUUUUAACCUGACAUUACAUAGUAUCAUAGAUGGUCCAAAAACAGAAAAGAUGACAAUAUUUUGAUGAAUUUCACCUAUUCAUCACGUCUCAGAAUUUGUCAACUUUGUUGGAAGACAGUUGAAAUAGCCUGGGGUCAAAAGCAAUCUUCUCCAUUUUGAUCAUACCAAAAACCUAUCACAACCUUGCAGUAGAUUACAAGCAAUUAUAAAAUCAUAAAAUUGAAUGUUUGCAGAAUCCUGGAGCAAUAGCUUUCCUUGUCUUUGGCCUGCAGACUAGAAAGAGGGUGGCACUAGUCUGCCGGAGCUUCCCUGGGAUACUGGCCACGUGGUUUAUUUUCCUUAGAUCUGAUGUUUGUGUCCCGUGGGUAGAUCUGAUUUUGUAAACAUUUCACCACCAUCGAACACUAUUUCUGAAUAGUGUGCUGAAAAUCGAUCCCAUGCUUGGUCAGGAAAUCCCCACAUCUUACAUGACUAUUAUCUAGACACAAAAGGGCAUUUAAUUCAAAAUUUCGUUCACAAUGUAAAUAUUUUGUAAAAGCCAGCUGACCCAGCUUUUUACCAGGUGGAAGUCUUUGCAAACCAAAUUGCUGAUAUUCCUUCAUACAGAUCAACUUGGUGUCCCAGCCAGACUAGAACAGCGUAAUUACCUGGAGUGAGGGGGAGUGUUUCUGUUGCUUGUCAAGGAGAGAAGAAACCUACAAGUGUCCUUCAACGGACAGUGCCAAGAAGUGAGAAAAAAUGUCCUUUCACUAACUCACAGGCCCGGGAUGCGGGACCCAAGUCAACUAGGUGAACCUGCUAGCAGACCCAGCUUUCCCAUAAUGACCGAAUCUGCAAACCAUUCUCCCUAUUGAAGUUUCCCUUGGCUAACUGUGUUGUUUUCAGGAUGCGAUGAAAGUGGAUUUUAAAAGGCUUUGGAAAAAUAAGUGGAACAUGACUUAUCUUGAAGGAAAAAUAGCAAAAGCUUAAAUAUUUGAUGUAGGUUUACUUCGCUACAACAUACUUUACACUGUUGCCUCUAGUUAUCUCACAGGCAUUGACAUUUUGUAUUUAGAAAAUACUUUAUUUCUAAUCUUUUUUUGUAAAUAUUAGUGUCCAUCCAUUGUGUAUGACUUGCUUAUUUACUUUGCAAGGCUUUGGGCAACCUUUUAGCUCAUUAACUUUAAGAUGAUGUCAUCUAUAUAGGUCAAAGGGUGGGACUUCUGAACUGAGGAAUUCGCUGUUGACAGCUGAAGUAUGGUGUACAAGAUUGAUGUAACUUGAUAUGUAUUUUUGUUGAAUGAAGUUUUUUGUAAAAAGAAAUUAUUUACAAUGUUAUUUGAAUGAUUUUUUAAAUGCUGUGAAUCUAUAUUUGUUGUUUUAUAUAUUAAAAUUAAUUUGCCAAA